UCGGAAACCAACCUUGAAGGUCGACGCUUUGUGGCUCCAGUCUCAGUCACUUUCGUUUGUUGGAUAUUUUACAGCCAUUCGUUAAUAAAGAAAAUACAAUCUGGUGGUUCGUUUCGACAUGACGUUCGUCAAUCUGCUGUUGAGGAAUACAGGCAGGAUUAAUUUCGUUCGAUUUUCUCCAAUAAGCCGUUCAGUAGCGCUUAGUAAAUUUGAAGACAAAACUUUGGAUUAUGAUAAAUUGGAGCACAAUCUAAAUGUAGUGAAGGAAAGACUCGGACAUCCGUUGACAUUAGCCGAGAAGGUGCUGUAUUCUCAUCUUGACAAUCCGAAAACUGCAAAUAUUGAAAGAGGUAAAAGCUACCUCAUGCUUAGACCGGAUCGUGUCGCAAUGCAAGAUGCUACAGCACAAAUGGCUUUAUUACAAUUUAUUAGUAGUGGUCUUCCACGUGUCGCUGUACCUUCAACAGUUCACUGUGAUCAUCUGAUUGAGGCUAAAGAUGGUGCAGGAGCAGAUCUUAAUCGUGCAACUGAUACCAACAAGGAAGUUUACGAAUUUCUCGCAUCUGCAUCGGCUAAAUAUGGGAUUGGAUUUUGGAAGCCUGGGUCAGGAAUAAUUCACCAGAUUGUAUUAGAGAACUAUGCAUUUCCUGGUGCAUUAAUAAUUGGCACUGAUAGUCAUACACCUAAUGGUGGCGGACUUGGUGGUUUAUGUAUUGGUGUAGGUGGUGCAGAUGCUGUAGAUGUAAUGGCUAAUUUACCAUGGGAAUUGAAAGCCCCAUUAGUAAUUGGUGUGAAUCUAACUGGUAAAUUAUCUGGUUGGACAAGUCCAAAAGAUAUCAUCUUAAAGGUAGCUGAAAUUCUAACAGUAAAAGGCGGAACCGGGGCUAUCGUUGAGUAUUAUGGUCCUGGUGUUGAAUCGAUUUCAUGUACCGGUAUGGCUACAAUCUGUAAUAUGGGCGCUGAAAUCGGUGCUACAACAUCAAUUUUCCCAUUUAACGAUCGUAUGUUGGAUUAUUUACGUGCUACAAAUAGAGCAGAUAUAGGAGAUUUAGCUUCAAAGCAUAAGGCUUCUUUACUUACAUCAGAUUCAAAUUGUAAAUAUGAUAAAAUAAUUGAAAUAAAUUUGGAUACUUUAGAACCACAUGUAAAUGGUCCUUUUACACCAGAUCUGGCACAUCCAAUUUCACAACUAUCCAGUCAUGCAACCAAAGCAGGUUGGCCACUACAUAUAAGUGCCGGACUUAUCGGUUCAUGUACUAACUCAUCUUAUGAGGAUAUGUCACGUGCUGCCAGCUUAGCUCGUCAAGCUUUAGAUAAAGGUGUUAAAAUUAAAUCACAAUUCUUUAUAACACCUGGCAGUGAACAGAUUAGAGCAACUAUUGAACGUGAUGGUAUCACAAAAACACUUCAAUCUGCCGGUGGUAUAGUAUUAGCGAAUGCUUGUGGUCCAUGUAUUGGUCAAUGGUCCAGAAAGGAUACAAAGAAAGGCGAUAAAAACACAAUUGUCUCGUCGUACAAUCGUAAUUUCACUGGUCGUAACGAUGCUAAUCCAGCUACACAUGCAUUUGUCACGUCACCAGAGAUAGUGACAGCUUUAGUGUUUGGUGGUAGUUUAUCAUUUAAUCCGUUAACCGAUGAACUAGAUGCAAAUGAUGGAUCAAAAUUUAAAUUUAAACCACCAACAGGCGAUACGCUACCAAAGAAAGGGUUUGAUCCUGGUCAAAAUACAUACCAACCACCUUUGACAGAUACUUCCAAAAUUACAGUAAAAAUUAAUCCAUCAAGUCAACGUUUACAAUUACUUAGUCCAUUCAAGAAAUGGAAUGGUAAAGAUUUAACUGAAAUGCCAAUAUUAAUUAAAAUUAAAGGAAAAUGUACUACAGAUCAUAUUUCAGCUGCUGGACAAUGGUUAAAAUAUCGUGGUCAUUUGGAUAAUAUUUCAAAUAAUUUAUUCAUUGGAGCUAUUAAUGAGGAGAAUAAUGAAAUGAAUAAAGUGUUACAUCGUCCCUCUGGUCAAUGGGAUGCUGUUCCAGCGGUAGCUAGAAAAUAUAAAGCAGAUGGUAUCAAUUGGUGCGUUAUUGGUGAUGAGAAUUAUGGUGAAGGAAGUAGUCGAGAACACGCGGCCUUGGAGCCUAGACAUUUAGGCGGUCUUGCAAUCAUUGUAAAAAGUUUUGCACGUAUACAUGAGACUAAUUUAAAAAAACAAGGAUUACUUCCAUUGACAUUUUCAAAUCCAUCAGAUUAUGAUAAAAUUAAACCAUCUGAUAAAAUUUCCUUGAUAGACUUGAAAAAUCUUCAACCUGGCAAACCUGUUCGUUGUGUGAUUCACCAUGAAAAUGGUCAAACGGAAGAAAUUCAUUUAUCACAUACAUUUAAUGAGAAUCAAAUUGAAUGGUUCAAAGCUGGCAGUGCUUUGAAUCGAAUGCGUGAGUUAAGCAGUCAACAUUAAGCUCUACCAAUCACAUGAACGUCUUAUGCCACUCAACUUCUUUUUUAGUAGCUAACCAAACAAAACAAUUUAUCUAACUUCUGUGUUUGUCUUUUACUAGUCGAUUUCAUUUUUUUCAUCUGAUACAUUUUUAUUUCUACACUAUUGUGUAGUCAACUGUAUAAUUUAGUAAACUAAAGAUACCUUAUUUGUUGCCUUUCCAUCUCCUCUCUAUCUUUCUCUUCAUAUAGUUUUCUAGUGGUAGCAUUUGUUCAUUUUUAGAGUUUGAUAAUCAAUCAGUUGGCAUUUCAGAGUUUAGAGUAGUCUUAAUACUAUAAUCACGUAUAUUCACUCUGUUAGUGCCUAUUUUCUCGAAUAGGUUCAAGAAUCAUACACUCACAUACCGACCUAUGAAAGUUGGACUACUUUUGCCACGUAUUGUAUUUUUUUCUGUCUUCUGUUUUUUAUAAUCAGCCAAUAUUUGUGUUCAUCGUUAAAAAUAAAUAAUUUGGAUUUUGUGAAUAAAGUACUACACGUGAUUAACUAAA